CGUUUGGAUUCCUUUCACUCUGCUGGGGGUAUUCUUACAUAUAUAAGUUCUCGUUCAGGAUCUUCUUGGCAAUGAAUCGAUAACCGGUGUCAUAGUGUACAAGAGGCAACCGGUAAAGCAACACCUCGCCGGUCUCUGUCGAGAUAACCAAAAUGUUGAGUGGCGUUUUGAAAUAUUCUCUGGCUGUUCUUCUCACGUGUACGUUCCUCGUUGGCUCAGGUGCACGUGCAACCAACAAUGCAGGUAGCAGUAGUGCCUUUAGCAGCGUAUCAGCUAGUGCAUAUGCUGGAGCCGAUACUGAUGUAUCUGCAUUAAGUGGCGCGAAUGCGUUUACAACAACAGGACAUUUUCCUACUGCACACGAAAGACAUAAAGGAAUUCGUAGUUAUGACAAUACUAAUUUUCCUCAAGACAACGAUGCUAAUCGUGAUGUAAAAUCUCUCGGUCGCGGAACGAAAAGCGGUAGUCAAAACUAUAAUAAGGACAAUGAUGGCUGUUCUAAAUGCAAAUGGGAGAAUGACGACUACUGGGAACGAGACGAACCCGAAGAAGAAGGGAAUGAGAACAAUGGAGACGAAUGCGAUGAUGACGAUGGCCAAUACAGGCCUGAUAAAACGCAUCAUCAUGGUGGAAGUAGAUCUAAAGAACAUGUAUCUGAAUUUCAUCCACUCGGAGUACAUAAGACAGGACCCACAGGCAUAUACGGCGAUAAUGUCAAAGAAGGAGUUAAACCUGAUGGUUUUGGAGUUACCAAUUUUCCGGGGAGCAUCGGAUACGCAGGGUUAACUAGUAGUUACGCAUCAACACCAAGACCUGGAUCUAUCUGGAACACUCCGUUUGCUAGUACAUCGAAGCCAGGAUACAGCGGCGUAACUGUAAAUACUUUCAUGACAACGCCAAUUUAUAGGCUAGGAACUGGUUGGAACAAAGGAACAACAUCGACUGGCUAUAGGUCCACACCGAAGUCUGCUGGGGAUGGCAGACAUGACGACACGUUUGCUGGAAAUAUCGGAACGACACCAAGUCCAACAUGGAACAUUGGAUUUAGCAGUAACCCAACGGUAACAGGUUUUCCUUCCUCGCAAAAGCCCGGAUUAAAUUGGAAUGUUGGUCAUGAUAACACGCCUGCUGGAAGCUACGAACGUACGCCGAAACCUGAAACAAGCUGGAAUAUUGGAAUUGGUGCUCCAACUAGUAGCUUUCCUGCUUCACAGAAGUCUGGAACAUCUUGGGCUAGUGGACACGAUAAUAUACCUAUCGGGGGCUAUGGAACGACAUUAAGACCUGGAAAAGGAUGGGAUACUAGAUUCCCUUAUAUUUCAACAACAGGAUCUCCUUUCUUACGAAGACCUGCGUCAGAUUGGAAUCCUAAUCAUAGUAAUAUACCUGCUGAAAGUUUCGGUACAACACCGAAACCUGGAUCAAGUUGGAACGUGAGACCUGGUGCUCCAACUACAGGAUUUUCUUCCUCGCAGAAACCUAUGCCGAAUAGGAACGUGGGUCACGAUAAUAAACCUGCUCAAAGUUUCGAGACUACACCGAAACCUGAAUCAAGCUGGAACACUGAAUUUGGUGCUCCAGCUUCUUCAUCGCAAAAACCCGUAACAUCUUGGAGCACUGGACGUGAUGGCGUGUCUAUUGGAAGCUCCGUAUCAACAGUCAAUCUUGGACGAAAUCAGAACACUGGAUUUGACGGCAAAUCUGGAUCAAGUUGGAGUACGAAUCAAGGAACAAUGUUAGUUAGUACAUCUAGUUGUACUCGACCUGAUACGAGUUGUAAUCAAGGAAACCAUGGUCCCGUAAAAAUAGGUGCGACACCUUUCGACAGUAGUUUAGUGAAAAAUGAUAAAUCUCCGAGUAGUAUUUCCCCCGCGACAUCAUAUGAAGGAAGCGGUACGAUUUCUCCAAGUAGUCUUAAAAGUCCAAGUGGAAAUCAAAAUAGAUUUUAUGGGCAAUUUGGAGCAACAAGUAUUAGCGGUGCUCACGCUGAAGCAGGUGUAACAUCUAAUUUUGGAAGCAUACCCCAUGGUAGGAUACCCAUACAAUCUCAGGCUUCAUACGGUAAUAGCGGCGCUCAUGCAGGAGCAGAAGCUUAUGGUGAUACAUUUAAUUCUGGAAAGCCAUUGGAAUCUCCAGCUGAAGACAGCAUUUAUGGACAUUCAGGAGCCCUUAAACCAAGUUAUGGAACUGAAACUAGUACUACUACCGUUUCUUUGUUAAGUACUGGAACCAGAAGUAAUAUCUGGCCCGCUAGUAUUCCAUCGAUACCCGCGGGAAGUUCAAGUUAUUCUGGCGUUAAGGGCUCUUUUGGAAGCACCAGACCUAUUUAUGGAAAUGGUCCUCUUGGUACGCAGCCUGACAACAGAAUUGUAACUAGACCUGGCAAACAAUCUGGUGGUGAAAAUGCACCUUGGCUCAGCAAACAACCGGAAAGUAGUAUUACACCUGGCGGUCAUCAUUCCCUUUUGCCUACUCAACAACCUGGAGGCGCAAGUAAAACUUGGCCAAGUGGACAAGUUGGGCACGAUAACAGACCUAGUUGCUCAAGUGGAAGCUGCGAAGGUUCUACUGGUCCAUUCAGUGGAAGCAGUAGUUGUGAAGGAAAUUAUAAUUGUAACGGUGGUUGCAAUGGAAGAAAUAACAAUGCACCCACAAUACAUGGACCAUGUAGUGGAGUAAUAAAUGGACCUAGUGGUGUUAAUAAAACGUAUUAUCCCGCUGGAACUGGCGAUGGUAAUGUUCCGAGUAUUGCAAAUACAUAUAAAUCAGGUUUAUCUUCUAAUAUUGGUAACGGGCCUUACCUUGGAGUUAAUAUUGAGUGUGGAAGAGGAGACAAUUCAUGUAAUCAAGGAGGCGCAGAUGUAACACCAGAAAAUCCUGUUCAAUGGAAUUCCGCAAAUCCAUUUUUAUAUGGACCUGUAGGCAGUAUCUUUAAUGAUGCUUCACGUCCUUUGAGCGGAACAACACCUAAACCAAUUGGCAAAGGAAAUCCGUUCCUGGACUCCAGUUGGAAUACUCCUAAGGCUAGCGAUAAUAAUGCAAACAAUGACAGAAAUGUGAUUCAUCCUGGGCAAGAAAAUACUAAACCAUUUAACAAAGAAAAUCCUUUUCUGAACAAUAACAAGAGAAGAGGAGAUAUCGAAAUUAAUACCGAUGAACAAGUGAUUCCACUCGGAGGAAGGAAACCCGAGGGAAAUAAUCUUUUUGGUACAUCUUUCGGUAGUGCAAGCAGUGCUUCGAGUGGUCUAUCGUAUAAUAAACAAUCUACUUCUGGAUCGGGAUUACCAAGUAAUGAUUACGGAAAUAUAAAGAGUAGUCUGCAUCCUGGCAGAGUUUCUCCGCAAGGCGGGCAUAGCAAUAUACAUGAUUCUCAGGGUACUGGACCAUUACAAUGUAAAUUGGGUCUUUUUGGUUGUGGAACAUCUGGUAGCGGAAGCUAUGCAGCUACAAGAAGUGAUAAGCAUCCGGGAGGAGUACACGGAGGAAUUGAUGGAAAUAUUGGAGUUAGUAUUGGAGGUCCAGGAAGUGUUAAUAGUGGUCCCGGUGAGCUCGGAAGUUCUAGAACUGGGAUCGCUCCUGCAUUCGGCAAUUAUGGAGGCGAACUUAGUAUCGAUGCAGGACAUUCUGGGUCAGCAGGAAAUAAUUUGGCAGGGUCCGUUAGUGGUGCUCAUGCUGGAGCUUAUGCUGGAUCCUUUAGCAGCGCUCAAGCUUCUAGUUCCAGUUUUGCCAACGCUAAAUCCUUAUUUUUCUCUGGUACAGGAGGACAUGACAAUAAUUUUGGCAACAGCGGAAGUUGGUCUUCCAGUGGAGCGCAGAAUCAAGGCGAACCCAAUUCCUGGACUUCCAAUGGUGCCUCUGCAUUUGCCAGUAGUAGUGCAAGAAGUUGGUCAGGAAGUCAUCCUGUCGAUGUAAAGGGUUAAUUCAAGUACUGAUGAACAUUUCAAUCAGAAUAUGAAUAUUAAGCAGAACAGAAUACAUGCAGAUGACGACAUAAUUGCAAAAUAUAAUAUACAUUUAGUUGGCGCUACCAAUCGCUACUUAAUAUUUGAAACACAUAAUUUUCUUAUAUGCUUUAUAUAUAAAAAUUUUAUAUUUAUUACAGAAAUCUCAUUCAUUUAGUAUGAUUGCGAUACGACUAUGGACAGACAAAAUUUUUCCACUGUAUGUACACUGCCCAUCAGUACGCUUACUCUGAUUGAUUAAUAGAAAGUAAACAAGCUUCUUAGAAC